AUGGUUUACCCAGACACCUUCACCGGAUUCCAAGUCUCCGGGCCCGCCCCCGCUGAGAAGCUCGACUUCACAAAGCAAGAGUACAAGCCCAAGCCAUUCGAAGACUACGAUGUCGACAUCAAGAUCGAAGCCUGCGGCAUCUGCGGCAGCGAUCUUCACACUAUCUCCGGCGGCUGGGGCAAGCAGCACUUCCCCCUCUGCGUCGGUCACGAAAUCAUAGGCACAGCCAUCCGCGUCGGCCCCAAGGUCACCCUCAUCAAGGAGGGCUCGCGCGUCGGCGUCGGCGCACAGUCCUACUCGUGCCUCGACUGCCGCCAGUGCAAGAACGACAACGAGACCUACUGCGUGCACCAGCGCGACACCUACGGUGCGCUGUGGGAGAGCACCGGUAUCGUUUCGCAGGGUGGUUACUCUUCGCACGUCCGCGCGCACGAGCACUGGGUGUUCCCCAUUCCAGAUGCCCUGACCUCCGUCCAGGCCGCGCCUAUGCUGUGCGCCGGUCUGACAGCCUACAGUCCUUUGGUUCGCAACGGUGCUGGCAAGGGCAAGAAGGUUGGUAUCGUGGGUAUGGGCGGAAUCGGUCACUUCGGUGUUCUGUUCUCGGUUGCGCUUGGUGCGGAGACUUGGGUUAUUAGCCGUAGCCACGCGAAGGAGGCGGAUGCGAUGAAGAUGGGCGCUACGGGUUUCUUGGCCACCCAGGAUAAGGAGUGGAACGAGGCGCACAAGAUGACUUUCGAUCUUAUCAUCAACACUGCCAACUCGCUUGAGGGCUUUGAUCUCGGUGCUUACUUGAGCUUGUUGGAUGUGCACGGUCGCUUUAUCAGCGUCGGACUGCCAGAGGGUUCGGGAGCGGAGGUGCGCGCGCAGGAUCUGCUGGGCAACGGGUGCUUGAUCGGUGCUAGCCACUUGGGUAGCCGUCGUGAGGUGUGGGGCGAAUCUGUCGUUUUAUAG